AUUCGCAGCCACCAUGAACGACCCAGCUCAGGAUGAUACUCGCGAGCGCCUCAAGGCUGCCCUUUGGUUCGCCGUUGGCCAAAUGGUCGACGAAGAAUCCAUGAAGAAGAACCGCAACGCCACACCACAGUUCAUCGGCGCACUCACAGAAAUGGUCUGGGAACAAAUAGAGGCCACGGCCACUGAUCUUGAGGGUUUCAGCAGGCACGCUGGCCGGACUACCGUCACCGCAGACGACGUCGUGCUGCUUGCGCGCAAGAACCCCGACUUGCACGAACUCAUCAGAGACUACGUCGACGAGUUGAAGGCGAAGAAGGCCAGCAAGGGCAAAGGCAAGGGCAGACAGUAAACCUGCCUGGUAAUCUGGUGUAUUUCUUUGUAUGGGCACAAGCGUCACGUCAUGUCGAAUUCAAGUUUCAUUUUGCUGGGUAUCCAUGAUCUACAUAAGCCGAUUGUCGGCCUGGCCCUCUUGAAAAAUGAGGCCACUGCCUGAAAGCCCAUAACGCCGUGCCUAUGCUGAAUGAAUGGUACUUCUCGAGCCUAGCAAUCAAGGCUCUGUGCGCUGUAUGGCCUCCCGUUCCCUCUGCACCUCGGCUCUGCGCAUCUCCUCGAACUCCUUCCACUCUUCCUCCGUCAUGUGGAACAGUUGAGAAAGACUGGAGAUCAUGGCCCACAGCUCACCGGCAAUGAUCAAGUGCACAAACUCAAGGCCAACGAAGUUGGUCACGCUCCGCCAUGUCAAUCCACUAAAGAUGUUCCACUCGUGUAUGUCGAAAACAGGCAGCCCCAUUCGUUCACGAUAAGCCCGUGCGACGAGACGUAAAGCCAUGGCUUCAUAAGGCGCGACUAUGACGUAUGCGGAGAUCACGGUGAAAAUAUCUGAAGCCAGACAGGCCGGCAACCGGGUGAGCAUAGUGUCCACGUACGUCGGAUGCAGCGCGGCCAAGCCAUAAGGUGAGCCCUCAGGUCCGGCGCUAGGGCGAAGCUCAGCAGACCAGAGACCAGGUGGUGCGUCCGUCGAGUCUGUUGCCUCCACAUCAAAACUAAUCAGUGGGGCACUGAUGCCGCCUUCUUCCUCAUCGUCGCUCCCAAAAUCGUCUCCGCGGGUAGAGAAC